AUGAUAAGCGACCUUCUUUUGCGGGAAACCGGCAGUUCAUUAAAGCGAUCAUUUCACACCUCCUCAAGCAGACUUAAACCCAUCCUUGAGCCACGUCUGGAAGACCAUGGUCAUGUUAUCCGUGACAAGUACUCUAUGAUCCGAGAUAGCUACGAUGCCCCGAAGCACCCGGUUGUUCUAGCCCAUGGGCUACUUGGCUUUGAUGAAAUACGCCUCGCCGGUCCUUAUCUCCCAGGAGUCCAGUAUUGGCGAGGGAUAAAGGAGGCAUUGUCUGCUAAAGGGAUUGAAGUUAUCACUGCUACUGUUCCUGCGUCUGCGUCCAUUGAGGAGAGGGCCGAGGCCUUGAGCCGUGAGAUUGAAGUCGGGGCGCGAGGGAAAGAUGUCAAUAUUAUUGCUCAUAGUAUGGGCGGCCUCGAUUCUCGAUAUAUGAUUAGUCGACUUCGACUUGAGAAAUUCAAGGUGCUGUCACUUACGACAAUUGCCACUCCACAUCGAGGUUCUGCUGUGGCAGACUAUGUCUUCGACCAAAUUGGAGCCGAACGCCUUCCCCAGAUCUAUUACACAUUGAAUCGGUUAAGGGUCGAAACGGGAGCCUUUGGCCAGCUGACGAGGAAAUACAUGUCUGAGACUUUCAACCCCAACACACCAGAUAUAGAAGAUGUCCGGUACUUUUCAUACGGGGCAGCGGUUGAGCCGAGUAUCUGGUCUGUGUUCCGCUUGUCCCACAAGAUCCUCACUGAGGCAGAAGGACCCAACGAUGGUCUGGUUAGUGUGGCAAGCAGUCACUGGGGAGGUGACAAUGGAUACAAAGGGACAUUGGUGGGAGUCAGUCAUCUGGAUCUUAUCAACUGGAGCAAUCGAAUGAAAUGGCUCGUUGGGGAGGUAAUGGGACAACGGCGCAGUUUUAAUGCUAUCGCGUUUUAUUUGGAUAUUGCAGGUAAGAAGAAAUCACUUUCACUGGAGGUUGAGGUUGAGGUGAGCUUUGCAAUGCUGACAUUUGUCGCCAAGAUAUGUUGGCAAAAGAAGGUCUUUGAUUCCUUGAAGUACCAGCCACACCCGAAGGAAGGAGGCCGAACCGCUACGGCCCGGGCGCUCGCCGCGAUGUCCGCCUCCGCCACGGUCUUGUUGGAUAACCAGCUCACGCAUUUCACCAACCUUGACACCCUGUCCGGUCGCGUGGUGCUUCGGCUACCGACCGAAGCAGCUAUUGCAGGCAUUCAAGUCAAACUGGAAGGAGAAAGCCGUACAAGAUUAUCGGGACCUCGCAACCCGCAAAAUGUGCACUCCGAGAAAAAGCGAACGGAGCUUGAGGUUCAUAAGAUUCUAUACAAGGUUGCGACCGUAUUCCCCACACCAGCUGUCGUGCAGACCGGAUCUGCGGCAACAUCCUACACAUUCGCAGCGGGCUCCUAUGAGUACCCCUUCCAGUUCAAGUUUCCUUUCAACAAUGCUUGCAGUAUUCACAAUAGCAUGCUCACAAACCUCAAUUUCACUGGUUUGAGAGUCGAAAUGGCCCGCGAUCCCCAUCGGCAUGUCAAAAAGACCCUCCCACCAUCUUUGAGUGGAUUCCCAGGCAUGGCAGAUAUUCGUUAUUUUGUCAAAGCGACCGUUAUCAGACCUCAAUUUUACAAAGAAAAUAUUCGAGCAAUUGUGCCUAUGAUGUUUCUCCCUAUCGAACCUCCAAGGACCGGAAAUCCAAACGAGGAAACAUUUGCCCGGAGACAGCACCAAUUCUCCAAACACCAAGGUGGAAAAUCGAAGAAAAAUCUAUUCUCUCGAACAUCGAUACGAGAUGCCUGUUCUGAGCCCCCGCGUGUCUCUCUCGAUGCUCGACUGCCAAAUCCUUCUAUUCUUACAUGCAACGAGCCCAUUCCACUGCGCUUGAUUGCUAGGAAGUUGACUGAUUCGCCUGAUAUGAUUUACCUACAAAUGAUACAGAUUGAACUAAUUUCCAAUACCAAGAUUAUCGCCCAUGAUCUUACGCAGCAAGAAACGGGUGCCUGGGUGAUUAUGAGUCGCAGCAAUAUGGGUCUUGCGUUAGGGAAACCAGAAGACAAGGCUGGCACUGACUGGGCCAUUGAUCCGAAUUUGUGGAAUACUUUGCCUUUACCCAACUCAGUGGCACCUUCGUUCGAAACUUGUAAUAUUGAACGAAGAUACGAGCUGGAGAUUCGUAUCGGACUGACUCAUGGCACGCCAGAAAAUAUGAAGCCGCAACUCAUUAUUCUUCCGCUGCGGAUGCCAGUCAAGGUCUUUUCAGGCAUUGCUCCUCCUCAGGCCCUCCUUGAUGCCAUGGCCGCAGCAGCUCCCCAAUCAACACCUUCCAAAUUGACACCUCGGCCCACCUGGCCUAUGGCUAGCAAUUCUAAUAACCCACCCCGAAUGCCACCCCGGCCGGCCGAACCAAUACCUGUAGCAGCAGAUGCAAGUGCAAACUAUGAUGAAGCGCCCCCAAGUUAUGAGGAUGCAAUGGCAGAUAAUCUUAGCCCUGUGGAUGGACCACGCCGCGAGUAUCACCCACCAGACGCCUCCUCCUCCCGGAGCUCAGUGGAACCUGGAACUGAUGCCAAAUCCCCAGUGGAAGCUGGCCGGACACGUGAAAUACUUGCCUUCUCUCCCGAGGGCAAUAUCACACCUUCGGCAAUCGAGCCCCAGGGCCGUUCUUCCUCCGAAUCCUUCGAUAUGCUGCCCACCACGCCCCCCGAAUCCAUUUCAGGUUCUCCGCCAGGUUCGCCGGUCAGGCGCUCUCAUAGCAUGAUGAAGGUUCGUCGGAACCCCGCGGACGACGAAAGCCCGCCCCAGUAUCAACCUGUAGCGGAUGGUCAACUCCAGGCUCCGAGUAAUUCGAUCCAGCACCGGGCCUCCCAGAGCAGUCUACGUCCCAUGAACCUCGGCGUGCCCUCCCGGAAGCCAGUGCCAGGUCCUCACAGACGACCUACUACCUAA